AUGUCUACCCGCAAGAGCAUCGCAGAUGCGUCGGUCCUCUUGUUGACUCAGAUCCCCAACGCUUUCAGGAGCCAGAUCCUCGAAAUCGCGCAGGGCACAAAUCCUCAUGUCCGGUUCUCGUUCAACGAACUCAAGAUCAUCCGCGGCACCCGCCCGCAUCCACCACACACCGACAGAGAGGAAGUCCGCAGCUCCAUCACCAUCCAGUUCAACGGAGCUCCCGGUGGCGCCCUAGUUGCUCAUCUCUUCUCAGAUGGCACCAUCACGACUUCCACGAGAAUGCACGAGAUCAGGGCCGAGAGGCUGGCGCGGCAGCAACAGUUGGAAGCCGAGGAAAGCAAGUUCCCGCUGCUCAAACAAUCGGACAUUCGAUCGGCAGCUCAUGCCACCUACAUGGCGACGAUCAAUGGCAUACGAAAUUCAAAUUGGAGCCAAAUGGAGAAGGUCAUGCGCAAACAAGACGCCCAGGCGAUAUAUGAAGCCCUUUUGCAGAGACAGGCGGCGGACAGAGCCAGAGAAGCUGCGAAGCAGCACUGA